AUGGGUCAGACUGGUUUGUUCCAGAAGGAUGUUCAGAAGUUUGUGAACAUUGAAUAUAUGAGGUGUAAUCCAGAAAACAGAUUCUUCCCUGAUUUAUCUUCUCUUUCUCGACCGGAUAUAAUAUUUUUCUGUUCUCCAAACAAUCCUACUGGUGCUGCCGCAACCAGGGAACAACUGGUCCAACUAGUUCAGUAUGCCAAGGACAAUGGAUCUAUUAUAAUACAUGACUCAGCAUAUGCUAUGUAUAUGACUGGUGACAACCCACGCACCGUCUUUGAAAUUCCUGGAGCCAAAGAGGUUGCCAUUGAAACUUCAUCAUUUAACAAGUAUGUUGGAUUCACCGGUGUCCGAUUGGGUUGGACUGUGGUUCCAAAAGAAUUACUGUUUUCUGAUGGAUUUCCUGUUGCCAAGGACUUCAACCGUAUCGUAUGUACUUGUUUCAAUGGUGCAUCAAAUAUUUCUCAGGCUGGUGGUCUUGCAUGCCUUUCACCAGAUGGUCUUAAGGCUAUGUGUGGGGUAAUUGAAUACUACAAAGAAAAUACCAACAUAAUAAUGGAGACAUUUGAUUCUCUUGGGUUUAAAGUCUAUGGAGGGAAAAAUGCACCGUAUGUGUGGGUCCACUUCCCAGGCCAAAGUUCAUGGGACGUGUUCAGUGAGAUUCUCGAGAAGACUCACGUGGUUACAACUCCUGGGAGUGGUUUUGGACCUGGCGGUGAAGGUUUUGUCAGGGCCAGUGCUUUUGGUCACAGGGAAAAUGUCUUGGAGGCCUGUAGAAGACUCAAGCAGCUAUACAAGUGA